AGGCUUAAUUCGGGGAACUGGAGCACAGAUCCAAUUCUCUAGAUCAAGAGCCCCUCACCAGCAUCAAGGAACCUUCCUUGAGGGGAGGGCUGAGCACAGCAAUAAAAAAACAGAGCUCAAAUCUAGCGGGAGAGGGAAGAUGAUCUGCGGCGGCCGCCCCGAUGCUCCUCUGUCCCUCACGGAAAUAACACUAAUUCUUGCAAGAGGCCAGAGAUGUUGGUGUUGUCUCCUCGUUUAUCAUAAGGGCAGUUAGAGAGAGCAUUGUGUGCCAUGACCUAGCCAUGACCUCACAGCAUUAUGAUACCAAGUCCUCCCAGCAUUUUAACACUCCCAAUGACAAUACAUUCAGCGAUUCCCACUGCAGCAACCUUGCACAGACCCAGGGCUCUACGUAUGGUCAGAGCUUUAGUGGAAGUGAGACAGAUGUGAGCACAUCAACAGAAAAUCUGAGUCCUGAGGAACGCUAUGCUUUAGAGCACACACAAAGACAAGAACCUCAGGGCCAAGAGAAUGUUGGGAGUACUUCUAACAGCAUGGCUAGUUCACAUCUAUCUCAGCCAUCAACAGUGGUGACAAGUGGGGCUUCCAGUGUAUCCACGGCAAGAUCUAAUGAUUGCAAUGCAUCUAUCAGCAGCAGCACAAACACACUUAUAAUUCAUAAUUCGGUGAGUGAUGACCUCUGGAAUUAUAGAUGGACUCCUGGUGGAUACUCCACCCCUAUGACUAGCAGGAAAUCUAUGUAUUUUGCCAAACUUCAGAGGUUUGAAAUGGAAAUUAUCAAGGUACAUGAAGCACAUGAGGCUCUAGUGAAGUCAUCUGAGAGAAGGGAGCAACUUGAGCGGCUAGCGCGCCACAAACUACAUGCUGAGGUCAAGCGACUCACUGAGCUUAAUGCAGAUCUAAAGGAUCAGGUUGAUGUUCUCUCUACCCAAAUUUCUAAUCGUCCCUUGCCUACUGAUAGCACCGAUGCCCUUCGUAAGGAAUUAAAUAAACGGGACGUCUUCAUUGCUCAGCUGGUUUCACACAAUAAAGAACUAAUUGCUGCUAAAGAACGACAAGAAAUUGAACUAACUGCCCAGAGACAGACCCUCAACGAACAACGAACACACAUAGAUAUCUUGGAUUCUGCCCUAACUAAUGCUCAGGCUAACGUUGUAAAACUGGAAGAGGAGCUGCGGAAACAGAAAUUGGUGAAAAGGCAGGGGAAUUUAAAAAUCUUAAUUUUCCAAAAUUUAAAUGCGAAAAAGAAAGUCAGGAAGAAUUCUUCCCCACAGCUGGAAAAGGGAAAAAUAGAACAACUACUCUGAGGGCUGAAGAGGGAAGGACCUGGAAGCAAACUUAGUGACCUACGACGAGAAAUUCGGGAAAAGGAUGAGAAAAUAAUGAUUCUGGAAGGGGAAGUUACAAAGUGGGAGCAGCGCUACCUGCAGGAGUCAGCAAUGAGACAGCUUGCCAUAGAUGCUGCAUCCAUGCCUAAAGAUGCAAAAAUUGCUGCCUUAGAAAAGACUAGCCAGGAGAGUGAGCGCCACAUCGCUCAGGCAAAGUCUGAUAAACUGCGACAAAUGGAUGAGCUCCACACCAUGAGUAAGAAGCAAGCAGAGUAUGAGGCCAGAUUGCUGUUUGACUUUAGAGAUUAUUUUCAAAUUCUGUCUUCUGAAUUAGCAUUUGUUGAUUGCAGUUUGGAUGGCCGAAGCAGCAUCAGCAGCGCCAGUAUGGUCCACAGUACACAGGCGUCAACAGCUCAUUCACAUAGCAGUAGUGGAUUAGGGGGGGCUGGGGGUGCUUUCAGUACCCCUGGUACACCGAGACGAGAUGAAGAACUCGGAUGUGCCCCACCUAUUCCUCCAUUUCCUUCAAUGAGCCACACAUCCAUGGGUGCUUCCACCACAAGGCCUAAUGCUGCCAAUCCUUACCUGGACCUUGCAUCAACAUCUUUAGCAUCGGCAUUGUCCACCUUGCCAGUUUCUACUGGGCAAGAAAGUCAGGCCAGUGGUCGCUUGAGCAGUUCUCGUGAUCAGACUGAUGAGCAGAAAAGAUUGGACAGCUGUGCUGGUGCAAGAUAUUCACCAGGAAGAGUCCCUGACUUGGAUUCUUUGAGUUCAGAUGACCUGCUUGUUGAUGAUGAUGGAAUGCAUGGAAAGCUGCGUGUGGUGUGUUUUCCAGGACUGGCUCAUCCUAGCUCUGCAGCUGGAGAAGGCACGGUAUCCCAGCCACUACUGGCAUGUGUAGAGCCUCAUCCCUCCCUGCUCCCACCCUCUCAACACCUUACCAGUGAUCUGUCACACCUAGGCCUCAAUAUGGGUAUGGAUCGUUCCUCCCUGGUCCACGCUCACUCCCACAAUGAUGUUCCUGCCCUCUCCUGUCCACCGUAUGACCCUCCACCUUCGUAUCCUUUGGAGAUGACAGGUAAUGUUCCUUCCCCACCCCCAAGAGAUAUUUCAUCCAUGGCAGCUUCACAGUCACAAUUGCAAGUGGGGCAUGAAGCUCCACUGCAGACAGCAAACUCAAGAUCAACAGGCCAUCCACGUGGUAAUCCUCCUCCAUACCAUGGCCACCAUGAGGUACUCUCUCAACAGACAGGAGGUAGUGGGUUACAGUCAUCACCUGUUAACCCUAAUGAGCAAGUUCCUAUUCCAUUAAUGCCUGGUAGCCCGACAAUGAAUUUUAACCGUCGAAUGGGACCUAAAAUGUCUCCUAGUGCCCCUAAUCUUUCUACUGAUAUGGCUGUGCCUCGCCCUCCCAUAUGUCGCAAUGCACAUCAUCCAACAGUUGCAUGUAGGAAGUGUAAUAGUGUACGUAGUAGUAAUAGGCAAAAUGCUGCUAUCCUAGUUCGCCGGGCUAAUUCAAGUGCUGGCCACACCUACAGAAAUUCAGCACCUCUUGCAGCAUGCCAAGGAAGCCUUGAUACUGACGAUGCUCCAAGUAUCCUUGCUCGUCUCAGAAGAGAGUGGGAAAUGGGUAAUAUUCCAUCUUGUGGAAACAAUGCACUACCACAGAGUUUGUCAUCUCAAAAUGAAGCUCAAUCACAGCCUCCCACUUCAUGCACUCAUUCUAAAGAUUCAUCCAGAGAGUCUUCUAAAGAGAAACCACCACAAAAAGAGCAGUCUAUAUGGCAGAACUCUACAUCAAAAGAAGCUGCAAAUGAACAACAGCAACAAAAGGAUACUAAUCAAGAGAAAAUCAAUAAACAAGACCAGCAGUCACAGCCUUCUUUAGAAGGGAACACCUCUUCUGAAAUUAAGAAUCAAAAGUCACAAACUUCAGCUACAAUGAAUAACUCGCAGAAAGAACCAAAAUCAAAUUUAUCCAAUCCAUCUGUUACCUCAUCCACUCAAAGUACCAUUCACACACAGUCCACAGCCAUUUCUAAACCCAGUUUUUCUACUAGAGUACAGAAUUUAUUCAGUUCCCCAUUGAAUUCAUCUGAUGUUUCAAAUUCUAACACCAUUACUACUGGUGAUGUAAAGAAUUUCACUAAAUUUACUGGUAAUAAUAAAGUUGAAAGCCAGAAUCAAAUAACAAAGAAAAAUGAUUUUAAUCAAUUCAAUAAUAACCAGGAAGCUAAAAUUGAGUUAAUAAUUUUAGAAGACACAGAUCAGGUCAAAACAUCAAAAGAUAUUACAAAACCUUUGCAGGACAUUAUAUGAUAUACAUUUUUUCCAAAUUAGUAUGAAAGCCAAUAAUCACAUGGUUAAUUGAAUUUUGACCUAGUGAUGCAGUUCUCCACAUCAAGCCCCAUAAAAAAUGGAGCCAGGAGAGUUUUCUGAAUCACCAGCUCAGUCCACAGUGAAUCCACAAUUUAAGGAUGUUCCACGAUCUGACAUGCAAGUUGCAAGGAGUCCUGUUUGUGAUAUCCUGUGUAGAGAGGUGAUACUCUCUGUACCGAUGUGAUGAUACAGUUGCCUUAGUAAAAUGCUCCAAGGCUAGAGUUGAAGGAUACUAGUCCGUCCAAUUGAGUCCUGAAUCAGUAUUUUUUAGCAUGGAUGGUGUGAUCCUGUGAGAAUUUUUUAAUAUAGUACUGUGACUAAAUAGAGGGUUACAUGAAUUUGAAAUUUUUGAACCCUUUUUAAAGAGCAUAAUUCAAUUUGAGAUGCUUAGCAGUCUGUAUCUUAAUUUAUUGAUUAAUAACAGAUCCUUUUCACUUCAAAGAUUGGGCUUUCUUGCAUUUUUAUAUUUGUCAUAUAAAUGUUAAUGGUUCUGGAGACUGUUAACCCCCACGUAGACAUAUUUUAUCCAGGCUUGAGACAGGAAAUUUAUAUAUGAAGGCAAGGUUUUAGUUUUCUCUACCUGCUAAAUAUUCAGUUGGUUUAAAGAUUUUAAGAAUUAGUUAAUAUAUAAAGAUUUUAACAAAAAAUAUUUACCAAUAUGAUUACUACAUAUUUGCUGUCUGUUUGAUUACAACUUUUAAGAGAUUAUACCUAUACUGUGUAUUUUUGUAUUAGAAUACAUCUGAAGAGAAAAUACUAAGCUGCUACAGAGGUUAACUGGUGCCAUGGUUGCAAAUUGUCAACAGAAUAUUUUGUGCCAUUACUGCCAUGUGAUGGUUUAUGCCUAGUGAGGAAUAUCUUACAUUGGUGCUAUUUUGAGUCACAUAUGUCCAAGUGAUGCUAAUGAUAGAGAUUAGAAUCUUCAUAAUUGUAAGGUAUACUGUAUCUUGUUUAUAUUGAUUAUCUCAGUAUUUUAUUAGUCUCACUUACAUAAUGCAAUUGUCCAUAAUGUUAAUAACAUAUUUAAAAAUUAGUUUAAAAAUACAUAAAUUCAGUUCUGGGAUAGUCAGAAAUGUCAGUUUAUAUUUCUUGUACUUUUUAGAAUCCACAUUUACAAUUUUUUCAUAUAAUGUGCAUAUCUACUAAUCUAACUAUAUUGUAGGUUGACUUCUUUAUCCAUUUUACUGUGAGGAAAAUGUGCAUAACAUUUUUAAGACCCCAUUUAUUAUUGGUUACACUGAUAUUUUUGACAGAUGAAGUACUGUACGUACUGUACAUUAGUGUUGAAUUGCCUGCUCAUUGUUGUUCUCUCAUCAAAAGCCUAGACUCAGUGUGUGCCUACAGUUUACAUUAAAUGUAUUAUGCAAAUUCAAAUAGAUGGUUACAGAAAAAAUGUUUGCAGAAUUUUUCGAGGAUGUCCCUGACUCUGAAAAUUCAAAGUCUUCCUUGCAUUUUUUUCUGAACCAGAGUUGAUUAGCCCCACUACAUGUUAAACAAAUGAAAGUAAGUAACUUUAUAAAUAGUUCAGGGUGGACCAAAGCAUUGUUCUUUAAUUUGCAGUGCAGUAUUUGUUAGUUAAAAUUCAUUAUAAAUUAUAUUACGAGGAAAACUACUCUUGGCUGACAUUUCUUGCUUGUUAUCUUUUGAGCCCUAUUAUGGUGAGGAAAUAAAACAUAUCCCUGUGUUGGCAGAUCUAAACUGUUUGUUAUUAAGGCUUAUUUCAUUGCUUAUGAAAAUUCUACAAUGUUGUAUCUAAAAUUUACUUUACUCAGCCUGUCAGUAAUAAUUAUUUCCAUUGUCAAACAGCCAGUAUUUGAUUGUUUCUUCAGCAUUUUUAUAGCAGUAUAUACUGUACUGGAAAGUUUCGUAAGUCAAGUUAAGAAUCAUUUCCAUACAUUACUGAUAGUCUAAAAUCAUUUAUUUUACUUAAUUAUUCUAUGAAAAGCAUAGGAUAUAGCAUAUUGUGAAUUAGUAUAAGUGGCAGCACCACACUGAAGGAUGCACUAAAGAAAAAAUGUGCUUGCAAGAAGCUUGUGUGCUACACUAGCACACCUCAAAAUAGUGUUCAGACAUAUAGAUAGAGAAUGCAAGAAAAACUGUUUGCAAUGUAUGUUAAGUCAAAAUUUGAAUGUGAAGUGAUAGUUGUGUUAUCUGUCUAGUAGAAAUAGAAUAUAAAGUAAAAACAACAUAUAAGGAUAUUUGAGCCCUAAUGCACCUUGUAAAAAAAAAAAAAAAUGUCUUUCACCAAGGUAGGGUGACCCAUACAAAAAUACACAUCCACCCUCACUUAUUCGGUAGCUGUCUUGCCAGAAGUGUAUAGAAAUCACAAUUCAAAUAACCCUCUAAACUGCAACAUCCCCCACCUCUCCUUCAGAGUGUAGGCACUGUACUUUCCACUUUCAGGACUUGAUCCCAAGUUAACCAGUUUUCCUGAACCCCUUGCUCACUUUCCAACAUCACGUCAAGCCAUAAAAGCCACUCAUCUCCAUUCACUCCAAUCAGGCACACUUAAGUACAGCAUAAGUGAAAUAUAGUGGUUUCUUUAGUUAUGAUUUACCCUCGUAAAGGAAUUUAGUGUUGUUACGAUGAAAAUUUUGAGACAGAAUGUGUGUACCCAACACCACUCUGUGUCAGCAAGUGAUUGUGAAUUUCAAAAAAAUUACACCAAGUUGUUUGCCAAGUGCUUUGCAGAAACUUCAGGAGAUGAAGCCAUCAGCUUGAAGGAAUUCUGAAAGAUUAAGUUUAACAUCGUAGAUUAUAUGAGGCUUAUAGUACUGAUCAGAAAUUUUUUUUGUUUAAUUACCUUUACAAAAAUAUACUCUUUAAUUCUGUAAGAAAAAACGUUUUAUUUUUUUUUUUUUUUUCAAAAUUUCUUGGACACUGGGGCACCCCUUCCGAUUUUGGCCUUGGACCCUGAAAGGGUUAAAUCCUUCAAAGUCACAGAUGACUGAAGGCCACAAGUUCUAGGGUGCACUGAAGCACCAAGGAGAAACUUCAUUCCAGAAAUU